AUGACGCUCGGCAAGUGGGCGAAUACUGACUGGCCCAGUAUCUCGUACAACAAGAAUGGCUCUUAUGCCUACCUCGAGGCGGACUGCCUCGCUACCUCAGUAAGAGACGACAUCAGCGAUCUUUACAGUCGCAGCGAAUUCAUUCUGGCUCCGACAUACAAGACGUACCUUGAAAUGAUGAAGUCCAUAGAUAUGGGGGGCAUCAAAAGGCGUAAAGAGAACGACCUGACGCCUCGUCGUCCAAUGAGUUCGGGCUUAUAUCGAUACAUCUACAUCCCGUGCACCGACGCCGCCCGCGCUCUCCAGGCAAAGUAUAAUCUGCAGCCUCAGACGCAAGAGGACCUGAACUAUGGCAUCUCACCGCUCAAUGGUCAACCGUAUCCCGUCGGAAGCGAUCAGUUCCCUGUCGUCGAGUGUCACACGCAUCCCUUUUCCAUAUGCAUGCUCGCGUACAACCAGCUGCGCAGCCGAUGCACGACGCUGACAGGCCAAUGGCUUGCCCUCACCGGUCGCAUCAUGGACUUGCGAUUCAACAAGGACGCCAUUCCUCCCCUUUGGUUCAUCAACUCGCCGAAAGUCGACGAAGAUGACGUGGAGCUCUCGCCCGACGAAGCAAGCGGCUACGACCCAGUCCCCUCGUCCGGCGAAUACGCUAUCGAGCCGACCACUAUCCUCCGCGAACCCAAAAUCCCCGACACCGACCCCCGAAAAGCGGUCGCCGACUGGGCAUGCAACAAGAUAGACCCCAAAGCGCCGCCCCCGCCAGAGACACCGCCGCGCAUAGAGUACAAGCUGCGGCGCUCUGUCCGUAUCCGGCGCAAGGCGUGUCCAUACGGCCCGCCCUCUCCUUGUCGAAGCGGUCCGCCGCCGUCGCCAACACGCCAUGUCCCUCGCGCGCUUGCCACUUGCCGCCGAGACCUCAGACGAGUGCCCCCGGCGUGGGUCGGGCGCAAUGGACGCUUUCCGACGCACAACUUCUCGAGCAACGACUGGUCGUUCUUCUGCUAUGGCUUGAAUUUGGCGUACACGCCGCCAUCUGGGGUCCGGUCGCGUGGUAUUCGCUACCGUAUGACGACCCACCACAUGGAGCGCCUCCAUACGCCCACUGGGCAUGACGCCUACCCGAAUAUCGACCGGCUAUCCGCGAGGCGCGACCUCUACGAUUUACCACAGACGUACUUAGCUGCCCGCUUAUCCCUCCAGAGGCUGCAGCGGCCGAUAAAUCGAUUACUGCGCUGGCCGCAAAAGCCGGAGAGCGAACGAUGCAUCGUUUCGUCGACCAAUGUCUGCAAAGAAGACUUGAACGGUGGUAUCAGUCCGGUGCACAACAAGCCCUUUCUCGAAGGGUCCGAUCAAUUCCCUGUCAUUGAAAGUCUUGCGCACCCGUUCUCGAUCUGCUCCUGGGCGGACACUCGAUUCUGGCGAAGAUCCACGUCGCUCACCUCGCAGUGGCAUGUUCUAUCGUCGCGUAUCGUCAACCAUUGGCUGUACAAGCAGAUCAAGCCUCCAGCGUGGUUCGUCGAUGCUGCUAGCUACCUGAGGGACGACGAGGACCUCACACCUUCUGAGGCGACUGGUUAUAUCAUCUCCCAUCCCCCACACGUCGCGCGCGAUCACGUCGAGAUCCUCAAGGACGUUACUAUCGAAGAGGAUAACUACUGCAAAAAGUGCGCCAAAUGGGCAUCGAGCAUACCUCCCAAUGCGCCACCUCCCAAGGAGGACCCUCCUCAGUCUGUCUACCGCGAGCGCCGUUCGAUACGCAUCGCAAAGCGUGUUCAUCCGUAUCACCGCCCGCCCCAAUCAUCUCCGCCCGACGUAGACUGCUCUGGCCCGCUCCCAUCGCCAACACGCAAGAGUCGCCGGGCGCUGCAGACGUGCAAGCGCGACCCCAUCAAGAAUCCGCCGUCGUGGGCAGCGCGGAACGGGAGUUACCCCACGCAAAAUUUUUGCAGCAACGACUGGGCGUACUUCAGGUACAAUGUCUAUCUCGCCUCGUUCGCCGGCAGGUAG